UUGAUUAUCACGGAUAGGACAUUGACAUUUUGAAUAAUGUAUAUAAGACCUGCAUAUUCCUCUCGGAACCAAUCUUAGUGCCGCAGAUUUAAUACAGAUAACUACCGGUGUACAAGGCGUUUUAUUCUAAACGACCAAGUUACAACAUAAAAUGAACAUAUUUAUUGCCUUUGUCGCUAUAUCCGUGAUAUGUUGUGUCUUCGCCCAGACUGGUUACGCCCCCUAUGAGAGCACAUACGGCGAUAACAGAGGUACACUCCGGAGAGGAACCGGUAGACUAUCAAGACUAGGUCGUGGUGAAGAUUAUAGACGAAGAGGAUCACGAUAUAUAGAUGGGGAUAAUUAUAUUCCUAGGAGACAAAGAGCACGAUACGUAGAUGCAGGGGACAAUUAUAUUCCUAGGAGUCAAAGGGCACAAUACAUAGAUGCAGGGGACAGUUAUAUCCCUAGCAGACAAAGGGAACAAUACAUUGAUACCGGGGAUAGUUAUACUCGUGGGAGACAAACAGGACGGAACCGUGAUAGAAGUUAUAUUCCGCGAAGACAAACCGCACGAUAUGUAGGAACAGGCUCAAGUUAUAUUCCCACUAGCACAUACUAGAAACAAAAUUCAAGUAGUAAGCUCGUCUGCGUUAUGCAAAGGAAAAUUAUGUUCAUUACAUUGAUAAAGGAAUCCAGGGACUUCCAUCUACUUGAAAAAUAUUACAUUAUAUACUUUGAGCCUUAUGUUUAUUGAAUUCAUUUAAAACUGUGAAUAUUAUUUUGGGUAAUCUACCACGUUUAAAAAUAUUUUAUGUGCAUAUUUAUACAUAUUGAUCUUUAAUUGUAAUAAAUUUUGUUAAAAAUAAA